UCAUACUUUGCAGAGAACUCAACCUUUCUCGUUCUUUUCAACUUCAAACCCUUGAAGAUGGCAGUCGGAAAAAAUAAAGGUUUAGCCAAAGGUGGCAAAAAAGGAACCAAAAAGAAGAUCAUCGAUCCAUUCACUCGUAAGGAUUGGUAUGAUAUCAAGGCACCAUCCAUGUUCACAACUCGUCAAGUGGGCAAGACAUUAGUAAAUCGUACGCAAGGAACAAAAAUUGCAAGCGAAGGUUUAAAAGGUCGCGUGUUUGAAGUUUCAUUAGCUGAUUUGCAGAACGAUAACGAUGCUGAGAGAUCUUUCCGCAAAUUUAAGCUUAUUGCUGAAGAUGUCCAAGGAAGAAAUGUGCUCACAAACUUCCACGGAAUGGAUUUAACAACCGAUAAAUUGAGAUCAAUGGUCAAGAAAUGGCAAACAUUGAUUGAAUGCCACGUUGAUGUCAAGACAACUGAUGGAUAUUUGUUACGUGUAUUCUGUAUUGGAUUCACAGCCAAGGACAGUUCAUCUCAUCGUAAGACAUGCUAUGCCCAAACCUCUCAAAUCAAAACAAUCCGCAAGAAGAUGACAGAUAUCAUCAAUCGUGAUAUCGCCAGCUCUGAUUUGAAGGAAGUUGUUAACAAAUUGUUGCCUGAUUCAAUCGCCAAGGAUAUCGAGAAGGCAUGCCAUGGUGUUUAUCCACUCCAUGAUGUCUUUAUCCGUAAAGUAAAGGUAUUGAAGAAGCCUCGUUUCGAUCUUUCGAAAUUACUUGAAUUGCACGGAGAUGGAGGCAAGUCAACUGAACCAACAGCCACUACAGCUGCAGUCGAGGGAGUUCCAGUUGAACGACCAGAAGGAUAUGAACCACCAAUUCAAGCAGCAGUCUAAACAUUGAAAAAAUUCCAUUAACUACAAUUAGACUCCAUCAAAAAAGAUUUCAAGAAAUGGAUCAGAAUACAAAAGAAAUGCUUUGUAUAGCUUUCAAGAACAUCUGAAAUUAAAAAUGAUUUAUUGAAUACAGAAAAAUUGCU